AGUACAGUAGUCUAGCUAUCUUUGUCUGUCCUGCGAGUGUGAGCGUAUCUACCAAGAGGUGGGAGUAAUAGAACGACAAUGGGUGCGUUCGGACGACCACAGCGGCUGGACAGCUGAGCCAGCAGUAGCUGUCAGACGUAACCGCUGGAAGUCAGCCGCUGAGAGAUUUACUAAGCUUUCCCUAUCACGGCUGGAUACAACCACUCAGCCGAUUUCUGCUGACAGUCAGCCGCUAUGGUCGUCCGAACGCACCCAGUGACACAGAGGCGGCAGCCAUCAUAUGCUAGAGAGAGAAAGCUAAGCGCCGGUAGAGAGAGAUAGAUAGACCGUCGACCCGAACAGAACUGCUCCGCGUUAAGGCGGCGCCAGAUAUGCUGUAUUUGGCAAAUACGGAGCCAGCCAUCAUAUGCUAGAGAGAGAAGGCUAAGCGCCGGUAGAGACCACCUACCCGAACUCAGAGAUAUGUAAAGAAAAUAGAUCAGGCUAGUCAUAUGCCACUCAAUGCAUCGGGGUGUAACGCCGAUAUCAAGUACGGUGGUCUAGCUAUCAUUCUUCUGUCGUGCGAGUGUGAGCGUAUCUACCAAGAGGUGGGAAUAACGGAACGACAGUGACACACAGGCGGCGGCCAUCAUAUGCUAGAGAGAGAAAGCUAAGCGCCGGUAGAGAGAGAUAGAUAGACCACCGACCCGAACUGCUCCGCGUUACGCUAUUUUUCGGACCUGGCCUAAUCUAUUGUGUUAUUAUAUCUAUGGUGUUUGUCAAGUUUGUCUUGUCCUUGUCGGUUGUCGUUUGUAGGCAGACAUUUUGUUUUUGUACGGUAAACAAAUAUCUGAAACAUAUAAAAUAAUAUUUAUAAUGUUUAAUCCAGCGGAAGUAAAACAAGAAGUUGGUGAGACGACGUGUAAAAGAGAACUAGAUAAUGAUGUGGGUGAUAUUCUACCGGAUUCCUUCAAAAUUGAAAUUAAAGAGGAGCCUACCAGUGAAAGCACAAAUCAUGAUGCAUUUGAAUAUGUAGACGUAAAGGAAUAUCCAAUCAAAUCUGAAAUAGAAGAUGAUGGUUCCUCUUGCAAAGAUACACAAACUGCUGCGAGCAGCCUAUUAACAGAUCGUGCUAGAAGUAAUGCACACACUGGGGAAAAAUCUUUUCUUUGUGAAGUUUGCACCAAACAGUUUUCAAGAAAGUAUGAUUUGAAAAGACAUAUGAUAGUGCAUACUGGUGAAAAACCAUUUACUUGUGAUAUUUGUACCACACAGUUUUCAGCAAAAAGUAGUUUAAAAACACAUAUGGCAUUACAUACUGGUGAAAAACCAUUUAGAUGUGAAAUUUGCACCAAACAGUUUUCUACGGGUCAAGUUUUAAAAUGGCAUAUGAGUGUGCAUACUGGGGAAAAACCAUUUGAAUGUGAAAUUUGCAUGAAACGGUUUAAAGGGAAGGCUCAUGUAAAAGUACAUAUGCAAUUGCAUACUGGUGAAAAACUAUUUGAAUGUGAAAUUUGCACCAAACAGUAUUCAACAAAGCCUAGUUUCAAAGCACAUAUGAUAGGGCACAGUGAUAGAAAACCAUUUGUAUGUGAAAUUUGUACGAAACCGUUUUCAACGAAACAUUUUUUAAAAUCACAUAUGAGAGUGCAUACUGGUGAAAAACCAUUUGAAUGUGAAAUUUGCACCAAACAUUUUUCUACAAAUAGUAAGUUAAAACAACAUAUGAGGGUGCAUACUGGUGAAAAACCAUUUGGAUGUGAAAAUUGCACCAAACUGUUUUCAAAUAAAGAACUUUUAAAAUCGCAUAUGAGAGUGCAUGCUGGUGAAAAACCAUUUAAAUGUGAAAUUUGCACCAAACAGUUUUCAACGAAACAAGUUUUAAAAAUACAUAUGAUAGUGCAUACUAGUGAAACACCAUUUGCAUGUCAAUUUUGCACCAAACAGUUUUCAACUAAGGGUAGAUUAAAACAACAUAUUAUGAUAGUGCAUACUGGUGAAAAACCAUUUGUAUGUGAAAUUUGUACCAAACAAUUUUCAGCAAAAAGUAGUUUAAAAAUACAUAUGAGAGUGCAUACUGGUGAAAAACCAUUUGAAUGUAAAAUUUGUACCAAACAGUUUUCAACGGGACAAAUUUUAAAAUCGCAUAUGAGAGUGCAUACUGGUGAAAGGCCAGUUAAAUGUGAAAUUUGCUUAAAACAGUUUUCAACGAAGCAAAUUUUAAAAUCUCAUAUGAGAGUGCAUACUGAUGAAAAUCCAUUUUCAAUGAAUGUGAAAUUUGCACCGAACAAUAUUCAGCAAACAGUAGUUUAAAAACAAAUAUGUAUAGGGAGGUACUGGCGAGAAAAAAUUUUUCUUAAAUUUUCACCAAAAAAUUUUCAACGAAACAAUUUUUAAUAUCGCAUAUGAGAGUGCAUACUGGUGAAAAAUCAUUUGAAUGUAAAAUUUUUAAAGAAACCACUUUUAAAAGUGCAUAUCGCACCAGCGCUCAAAUAGUGUCACAACUCAAAAAAAAAAUAAAAACGGUUUUAUUGCACCAACAAUUUAAUAAAAUUACCAAAUAUUAUCUCAAAAAGUAUUACGUUUAUAGUUCAAGUAUUUGUCGUUAGAUGACACUCGAGUCAUUAUACGAUUAUCCAAAAUCAAUGACGCACCGAACACAAACAGUGUCAUAUAUCGACUUGUGCAAAGCAUUUGUCCAUCUAACAUGUGUAUAAAGCGUCGUUUGUCGAGUUAACACAGUAUAUGUGAUUAUUUUAUUUAAAACAAUCUGCGUAUGUGCUCAAGAAAUGUGACACAUUUGUCACUUCUUAUUUAUCUUUCUUUUCGCAGUAUUUUGUGUUUAAUGUUGUUGCUUAUUAAAAAAAGUCACAUCAUUAAAAAGUAUAAGUCUGUUAACCAGAUAAUAAUAAUUAAAUUCUGUACUGCAAUGUCACUUGAUAAUUAUUAUUUCGUAAAUUUUUCAUUUUAUCUGUAUUACAGCUCAAAAAAAUAAUUUUUUUUAAAUAUUUUUAAUAUACUUAAUACGCUAUUUUAUAGAGCUUCAAAAAUCAUUGUAACGAACUAAAAUAGUUAUUAUUCUAAUUUUAAUAGUUUUUUAAUUAAUCCCGAAAAUGUUGUAUGACAAACUUUAAACGCCGUUUUCUCGAAACUUUGCUUUUUUGACUUAUGACACUUCUUUAGUGGAGGUGCGAUAUUCAAACAGGUCUAGUUUAAAAGAGCAUGUUGUCGGCCUAAUGUGAAUAUGUCCAAAAUACCUGAUUUUACAGGAGAUACAAAAAACAAAACUGUGCAUAACUUCACUUGUAUACAACUAAAUACGGAAUGGGACGUUUCGAUGCCUCCGGUUCAUCGCCGUCAUAUCUCGCAUUUCCUAGAAUUCCUAAUUAAUACUAAAAAUAACUAAUAAUUGUAACUGUCGAAAAUUCGGAAAUAUAUCAUCAUCAUCAUCAUUUGGCUCUACAACUCUACGUGAGUCUUGGCCGCGUUUACUAUUUCCCUCCAUUGUUGUCGGUCCUGAGCAGCUAUUUCCCAUUGCUGUACUCCCAUUUUGCGUAGAUCGCUUGCUACUGCGUCCUUCCAUCUCUUUCUUGGGCGACCAACUGACCUUUUUCCGUCGGGCCUUUCCCAGAAUGUGGCGUUUAGGAGUCUUUCGUCACUUGAUCUUAGUACGUGACCCGCCCAUCGUAUUCUGUUUGAUUUAAUGUAGCGUACUAUGUUUUCAUCUCCAUAUAUUGUCUGGAGUUCAUCAUUGUGUCUUCUUCUCAAUUCUCCUGUUGUCUCUUCUCUGCAAGGCCCAUAGAUAGUCCGCAGUAUCUUUCUUUCAAGUACCAGUAAUUUUGUUGUUUCCCGCUGAUUCAGAGUCCAUGUUUCGCUUCCAUACGUUAUUGUGGGACGAAUUAUUGUCUUAUAUACUCUUAUUUUUGCUGGUCUUGAGAGUAUUUUUGAUUUAAGUAGGGUCCUUAAUGAGUAAUGUGCCCUGUUUCCUGCAAUAAUCCUUGCUGCCACGUCCUUUUCAUAGUUAUUUUCAGAUGUUAUGAUCGCUCCCAGGUACUUAAAUUCUUUGACGACUUCAAAAUUGUAUUCAUUAAUUGUUAUGUUUUGUCUAACCCUUGGUCUUGGGUUCUUCGUAACCACCAUGUACUUGGUCUUGUCCUCGUUGACCUUAAGACCAACUUCCUUGGUUCCGUUCUCGAAUAGGGUGAAAACUUCUUUUGCAUCUCUGGUGGAUUGUGCAAUUGUGUCCACGUCAUCCGCAAAGGCUAAUAGUAUUUUUGAUCCUUGGGCGGCAAAUCCGUUUGUCAGUUGUGGCUGAGCUUUCCUUACUGCAUGUUCCAGUGCAAAGUUAAACAGCAUGGGGGCGAGAGGAUCUCCUUGUCUAAGUCCGGUGUCAAUGAGGAAUUCCUCCGACGUGUUGCUGCCAAUUCUGAUUCGUGCGGAAGCGUUCUCCGUGCUCACCUUUGCUAGUCGUACCAGUUUUCCAGGUACUCCCAUUUCUACCAUAGUCUCCCACAAUGCUUCUCUGCUAACAGAAUCGUAAGCUUGUUUGAAGUCCACGAAGAUUUGGUGUACAUCGCGGUUGAAUUCCCAGUUUUUUUCCAACACCUGGCGUAGGACGAAGAUCUGGUCUAUAGUCGACCUUCCCGGUCUGAAUCCGCUUUGGUAGUCGCCUAUUAUUUCCUCUGCGUAUGGAGUUAGUCUUCUAAACAGUAUUAUGGAUAUAAUCUUGUAUGUUGUAUUAAUUAACGAUAUUCCUCUAUAGUUCCGACAUAUUUGUUUGUCUCCCUUCUUGUGAAUAGGUAUUAUAUGGCUUUCAUGCCAGUGUUUCGGUAUUUCUUCUUUUCCCAGACUUCUCUUAUAAGAUGAUAUAUCUCAAGAUGUAGUUUGUCUCCCCCUUUUUUUAGUAGUUCCGCCUGUAUGCCGUCUGGGCCUGGGGCUUUAUGGUUUUUUAGGGACGAAAUUGCGGACUUUACUUCAACUAGUGUGGGCCCUGGUAUUGCAGGUUCGGCUAACUGGUACUGUCUUUGUUGCCCUGUCGUUGUGGGGUUUUCUGUAUUUAAGAGUUGCUCAAAGUACUUUCUCCAUUGGCGGCUUAUCUCUUCGUCGUCUGUGAGCAAUUGUCCUGCAUCGUCUUUUAUAAAUCUUGGGCUGUUGAUCGUGUUGCCCGUCAUUGUUUUUAUGUCCCUAUAAAACUGUCUAGACUGACCGGUUCUAUGUUCCUCCUCGAGUUGCUGUAUUCGUGCUUCUAGGUACUGUUUCUUUUUUCUUCUCAAAAGUCUUCUCGUUUGAGUCCUUGCUCUGUUGUAGUCUUCCCUGUUCUCUUCUGUAGGUCGCGUUAGUAACUCCAGCCUCUUGAUUGCUUUCUGCUGUAAGCUUUGUUCGCAGUCCUGGUCAAACCACUGGUUUUUCUUCUUGUUAUUCUUUUGUUUCCCUAUAGUUUCCGCUGCGGCGCUUUCUAUGGCGUUUGUUAUAUUUUGCAAUUUCUGGUCUAUGGUCAAUUCUGGUGUUGAUGUUUCUUCUUCUUCCAGUAUCUGCAAUUUAUUUUGGAUCAGUGACUGAUAUUGGCGUUCAUUAUCAGGUAGAUUGAGCCUUGAAAUGUCCCAUCUGUUUCCUUGUUGGCGUUGCUUUGGAUGUCUCGUGUUUAGCCUUGUUCUCAUUUUUAUUCUGACCAGGAAGUGGUCAGAGUCACUUUCUGCUCCCCUUAAACUGUGCGCGCCGAUGAUAUUGCUAGAGUGUCUUCCGUCGAUGAGCACGUGGUCUAUCUGGUUUCGUGUGAUUCCGUCAUUUGACACCCAGGUUACUUUAUGUAUAUUUUUCCUUUGGAACUGUGUAAUUUUCACUACCAUAUUGUUGGCUACAGCGAACUCUGCCAAUCUUGAUCCGUUAUCAUUGGUGUUAUCGUGUAAGCUAUGUGUACCGAUCACCGCUCUAAGAUGGUCCUCUUUACCUAGUUUGGCAUUGAAGUCUCCCAGUAUGAUUUUGACGUCGUGUCUGGGUGCCAUUCUGUACUGUUGUUCUAGAAUUUCAUAAAAUUCCUCCUUGUCGUCUUCAUUUGCUUCUUCAGUUGGUGCGUGGGUUGAGAAGAGGGUUAAGUUAAACCAUUUUCCUUUAAGCCUUAGAGAACACAUGCGCUUGUUGAUUGGUUUGAAAUCAAUUAUGGCAGACUUGAGUUUGCCGUUAACUACAAACCCACAUCCAAAUUCGUGCCUUUCCUCUUCUCCUGACCAGAAAACCAGGGAAUUUUCCAUUUGCAGGCUUCCCGAUCCUGUCCAUCUCAUUUCCUGGAUCGCUGUUACGUCCAUCUUAUAUUUUUGAAGCUGUUUUAUGGCAUGUGUUGCAAUUCCGGGCCUGAACCAGCUUAGCACGUUCCAUGUGCCUAAAAGAAUGUCCUUAUUUCGUAGCUUGGGUCUAAUCCGUGUUUCAUGUCUAUUCCGAGGCAAUAGUAUUCGAUUCGUAGCGUCUUUCUUUUUCCUUGUAUGGGUUGCUGGUCCAUAGCAAAACCCCCUUUUCGGAGGACCAUUUCUCCCUUCCUCGCCAGCCCUGACCCUGCCUUCCACUGGGGUUGGUUACCCAAUCUCCAGCAGGGUUGCUCAGGUUCUCCGGGGUUCACCCGUGCAGCCUAAGCCGCACUUCGUGGAGGUGAGGAUAGGAAUUGAGUAGGAGAGGCUAGAGAUGCUAACUGGAAACAGCAUCAUGUAUUGCGCUUCACUACCCCAUUUGAACCCCGGAAAUAUAUCAGAUAGCGAUUAAUUAACUGGCGAUGAAUCGGCCGGCAUCGGCAUCGAACUGGCGGCAUCGAAACGGCGGCGAUGAAACGUCCUAGACCCAACUAAAUAUAAUGUGAAAAUUGCACAAGUUCCUAAACAAUGUAAAUUCCCAUUUUUAGUUUUAGUAACCUAUUUGUUUAAUUAUCAAACAAUAUAUUGUGUCAUUUUAACCUGUAUUCUGUAGGUACACACCCGUUACAAUGAAAAUAUUUUUUAUUGUAUUAACAUCAGAGAAACACGAAACACCGAUACGUUUGAACGGUCUGGCCACUAACAAGAGCGGAUUUGUGGGACUUGUGCAGAUUUCAUAUGGUUUUCAACAUGAAUGGAGUUAUGCAGAUUUCAUUUUUACAAUUUUAGCAAAAUCUAGUAAAUUAGGUAUAUUAGAAGAAAGCAGGUCCGUACAUACAGUCCGUCCAAUAUACUUACCGUUGCACGUCAUCCGCGUCAUAGCCCGUGACGUCACAUGGUACCAACACGAAAUAUUUAGGCGGUAGGUCUGUUCCUUUUUAGAAUCAUUUAGCCGAGUACACGGGAAUUACAUUCACUAGACAUAUCUUAUUAUUUACGGGUCGAAAUAAUAUUGGAAGAUUUCUGUUAAUGUCCAUUUAAAGAAACAUACCCUAACUUGUUUUAUUUAAUUUGUAUAAGUGGAAUAUAAAGCGUUUUUAUAAAGCAUACUUGUUCGGAUUACACUCUAACUGCAAUCGAACAAAGUUGACAUUUUGGCGUAAAUUGGUAACAUUUGACAGUUGCGGUGAUGACACUUGAUAUUUGUUUUUAUGCUUUACCAUAAUUAUUUGUUUUAUUAUAUUUACUGUUUUUAUUGUUUACUUUAACGUAGGAUUAGGUAUAACUUAAUUCUUGUUUUCUAUUUUUAAAGUUUUUAUUUAUUACAUUGAAUAUUAAUUUGUUUUGUUGUAUAAUCCACUUCCGCAAAAAUUAUGUGACAUAUUUGAUUUAAAAUGAAUUCAAGAAUUUUUUGUAAUUGGGCAACAAUGUCAACUUAGAUCUCUGACGUAGAUAAUGACGUGCAACGGUAAGACGAACUGUAACUUUUGGAUAACGCCAUUAAAAGUCUAAAAUUGAAUAUUUUGGAAUUAUGCAUUUUUCACAUUAGGCUGUGUUACUAGACGAUGUACAAAGGCACAUUAGUCAAUUACUGUAGAGUCAAUGAACGAUUAACUGAUAUUAUUAUGUAUUUAAAAAUUACUUGAGGGUUCACCAGUUCAGAAUGACGUAUGUGUUUCGAUUCUCUAAUCGAUUCGAGGGAUAAAAAUUAAUAAAUUGUUACAUGUUAGUGUAGGAUGUAUUGGAAUGUUAUGUAGGUAUAUUUUAAUAGUAUUUAAGUUUGUAAUGCCGCCAUAGAAAGAAAUAAAAAUUUUAAACUA